CAACACGCUAAAGGGGUUCUACAAUACACAACUCAGAACUACCCAAAUUUGUGGUAUGGAGAAGAGUUCUAAAGCUACUGAAUCACGUACACAAACUCCUGAAGCACUUGAGUGGCGUACCGCUUUUAUCAAAAGGUUGAAGAUUCGCGAUAGUAACUUAAAGAAAUUGACCUUCGUAGAAAGCAGCCUUAGCGAGAUUGCAACCGCGAGUAAGACAAAUGUCUAUAUCGAACUAUCUAAAAAAUAUUUUAAAGACCGUAUACCUUUUGUUGUACUUAGUUUUUAUUUUGCCAUCUUCUUUAUAACUUCCGUUGUUUCAAGCAAUAUAAUCUAUUACCCUCUGCUUAAAGUUGUGGUGGAGUGCGAAAAUAUAGUACUGAGAGAAGGGACCGAAUAUGAAAGAUUUUCUUUGUGCCAUCGAAUUGAAAAUCUACUGAUUAACAAUUCAAAAAGCUUUUUAGAACUUCCUUUGACUGAUUACAUUAAAAAUCUGGAGAUUGUCGAUGCUGGUCUCCAAGGGGUAACCAACUUAUCUUUUCCAAGUUUGAAAGAAUUAAAAAGACUGCUCUUAAUUCCUAAAGAAAGUCAGCUGUCAGUGGGAAUUAAUAGGUUAAGAAUGCCAAAAGUUGAGAAAAUCGAAUUUUUAAAAGUAACAGGGCUCCAUUCGUCUGCGUCGAAUCCACUUGAAUUCGGGACUCUAAAGUAUAACAAAGAGAUGGAAUUCAUAAAUUCGGACUUGAACAUUGUAAAUUUAUCUUUACUGCAAAGUUCGAACGCGUUGAUCUUUUUCAACUCAAGUUUUAAGCAGCUAAUAGCUCCCUUAAUAAAGAUGUUACACACACUAGACUUGAGUAAAGUAUACGCAGACGGCCCCAUCAGACUUUACUUACCACAAUUGAAAGAAUGUGAAACGAUCUCAAUUUUGAAUACUGCAGGGAUAAACCACCUGGCAUUCCCGGGGCUAAAGAAAGCAGGAACUAUUAAUAUCGAGAAAACAAAAUUCUUAGGAGGGACUCUGCUGUUGCCCAAAUUAGAGUCUGUUGCGGUGGUCAGAGUUGUGGACACUCAUAACCUUGAAAACAUUGAACUUCGUAAUCCUACUAAGACCGUGAGAGUGAUGGUAAUGAAUACGCUGGGGCUCCAAAACUUUAGCUUGAAAGCCAAAAGUGCAGAGUAUAUACGCUUGCAAGGGAAUAUGGAUUUAAAAACCAUCGCCACGCCUCGUUUGAAAAGUACAGAAGUCGUUAUUAAAAAUAACAAUGCUCUAAAGUCUUUAAAAAUAAUCACUUUGGAGUCUGGAAGCGUCGAGAUAAAAAAUUGUAAAGAAUUGAAGGAAAUUACCCUGCCCAACUUUAUGGAAGGGACUCUGAAUGUUAUUGCUAACUCCCAGUUAUCCAAAAUAACAGCUCCUAAUUACGACCAUAACCGCAUGACCAUCAACGAUUGUCCAAAGUUAUUUCAUUUCUCCUACCUCCAGCUUAAAAAUUUCAACAAGUCAACUGCGGAUGAGCACGAGCAUCUUAACGAUAAAGUGAAGGCGACUAAUUCACAGGCGAUACCAUUCACUGAUUCAGACAAGACAAGUAAGCCAGUUGAAUACGACAUCCCUUAUUGUACAGGCCUUCCUUGCUUGCCUCCAAUGGAGUAGCUGCUCUCUUACAAUAUAAAAAAGCGAUAUUUAUAUUAUUAAAGAAUUUAAAAUAAUAUUGACUACUAUAAAACCUUGAAAUAAUUUAAUUGUUUUUUUUUCCUUGCAUACAUUUAAGAAUUACAUUGAAGCAAGUUAUAUAUCUAUUGAAAAUCUUUCCCAAGAGUAUAAGGUAAGAUGCUAAGGCCUUCUUUGGUUUUGCUUUAACGAGUAUAGUAAAGUUACCCAAGUGGAUAGCUUUGGAUUUAAAUACUUUGCUCUAAGUAGUAAAGCCAUAAACCGUUGAAAGCUAAAUGAUUAGAAACUUUUAGUAAUGCAUAAUCGUAUCAUAACUAAAAAAAACCUGCACGCCUCCCACGAACACUAAUCCCCAUGUGAAGGGGAAAGUAAAAGUUGUAAUAGUCAAGUC